UUUCUCCCCCACAGUUAAUCCUUAAGUGGGGUUGUAUACAUUCCUGGUUGCUCCAAUUCUAAAGACUAAGCAGGGUGGAGUAAAUCUAAAAUUCACAUUGUUGGUUCUGGCUUGUUGUAAGGAUUAGCUCUUUGCUACAAACCAGGAGCAGAAAAUCCUACAAACUAGGAAGUCCUAUCAGGCAGAAGCAGGAAGUCCUUGAGAGCAGAGAGAUUCCAGAGUGUUGCGGGAAGUGAGAAGCUGUUGCUUUCCCUAACAUGCAGGAGAGCCAAGAGAGUUUUCCAUCUGAUUAUUCUGAGGGUGGACUUAGAUAAGCAGAGAUUCCCUCUCCUGUGGCUUUUCUUGAGAUUCUGCCUAUCCCUGUUGCUGCUGCUGAAGAGUGAUUUUCAACAGAGCUGCUGCUGGUGAUUUUCUACUGGGACUUCUCUAGAUCCAUCAUCAAGAGGACUUCAGUUUUGUGAGACCUACUUUGGCCUUGUCCUUGCUCCUACCAGCCACUCCCUUAAUCUUAAAUAGUUAUUAAGGAAUUAAGUAGAUUAGUAUAGAAAGCUGUUAGUGGGUUAGAAUACUGACUUUUGGGUGUAAGUUUAGGUCUCAAUUCCCUUCCUUCCCUUCCCUUAGCUUAAAUAGUUAAUUAGUUAUAAUUACUUGUUCUACCUAGUAUUUUAAUUAUAGUUAUUUCAGACUCUGGUCAUUUUGAGGCACUAUUUUAAGGUUAGUUGGAGAAGAUUCUCCGAGUUCUUCCAGCUUUUACUGCUCUAAGCCACCAUUUUAGCCCUGCCUUCCUCUCAUAUCUCUGAGAAACAGUAUGGCAAACAUUUUGUAACUGAAGUUGGGAUUGGAUGACUUCUAAGGGUACCUCUGUCAGCCAAAUUAUAUUAAUUAAUUCCCAAGUUUGACUAAGUAGAAAAAGAACAGAGUGUAUUUUCCCUUGGACUCACCGUUAAUGGUAAUGUGAAUCAUGUUCCUGUGAUGGGACAAAGGUCUCAGGUUAUAUAGUCCACAAGCUUGCUGAUUUCAUUUUCCAGUGGGGCUCUUAGGACAUUCAGCACCUUCAUGGCAUCUUCAUGGAGACCAGGAUUCUGAAGGGAAGAAUUCUUUUCUAGCAAAGACUUAUAGAACCUGAACUUCAAGCUGGGAUUCAAGGGACCUUAGAGGUUUUCUAAUUCAAUCCUAUCUUCCUUCAGAUGAGUAAACUAAGUCAGAGAAGUUAUGUGACUUGGUCAAAGUCACCAUGGUAGUUAUGAUCAGAGCUAGGAUUGACAUACAGGUCCUCUGACUGCAAAUCCACAAGCCUAAUGGGGCUAUGUUCAGAUGAAGCCACUCUUUCUUCCCGAUUUGAUUUUCAUCUUCUUGGUUCUGCUCCUCUGGCCGCUCUCAGAGGAGUUUACUGUGGUAGGACCACAACAACCAAUUGUUGCCUUGGUGGGCACAGAAGUCACACUCCCUUGUUACCUCCACCCCCAGUUGGAUGCUACGUAUAUGGAGGUGAUAUGGUUUCAUGGCCAGAACUCAAAUGUGGUACAUCGCUACAAAUAUGCACAAGAUUAUUUGAAGUACCAGCAUCCGGACUAUCGAGGGAGGACAGAAUUUCUUCGAGAGAACAUUUCUCAUGGCAGUGUGGCCCUGAGGCUCCAUCAAAUCCGUCCCUCUGAUGAGGGGAAGUACAGGUGUUUCUUUGAAAGUCCCUCUCAUUAUAAUGAAGCAGAAUUUCAAUUGAAAGUCAUAGAGGAGUUCACUGUGAUAGGACCACAGCAACCAAUUGUUGCCUUGGUGGGCACAGAAGUCACACUCCCUUGUUACCUCCACCCCCAGUUGGAUGCUACCUAUAUGGAGGUGAUAUGGUUUCAUGGCCAGAACUCAAGUCUGGUACAUCGCUACAAAAAUGCACAAGAUUAUUUGAAAUACCAGCAUCCGGACUAUCGAGGGAGGACAGAAUUUCUUUGGGAGAACAUUUCUCAUGGCAGUGUGGCCCUGAGGCUCCAUCAAAUCCGUCCCUCUGAUGAGGGGAAGUACAGGUGUUUCUUUGAAAGUCCCUCUCAUUAUCAUGAAGCAGAAUUCCAAGUGUCUGUGACAGGCAUAGGCUCUGCCCCUCACAUAUACAUCGAUGGUGUUGGAUAUAAAAGGCUCCAUCUAGUGUGCACAUCCACAGGAUGGUACCCAGAGCCUGAAGUGCAAUGGAAGAAUCACAAGGAGGAGCCCUUGUCAGGAGGAAGUGUAACUAUGAAGAAAGUGAAUGGGCUCUUCUCUGUUGAAACAUCAAUUACAGUGUCUGCCAAUUCCAAAGAGAAUGUUUCUUGUGUCAUUGGAAGUCCUCAUCAAAGCCAAAAGAAGGAAGCACAUAUCGCUUGGUCAGAUGGCUGGUUUUCAAAUAUCUUUUUCUGGAUAGUGACAUGGAUUGUGUCUAUGGUCAUCCUUGUAAUCAUUAUGCUUUUCAUCAUCGUUUUUCUGAGUUGUAAGCUCAAAAAAGCCAAAGUGAUAUUGAAUGAAAAGAGGGGAAAAGAUAGACUGUUCCAGGGAGCUCACAGCCUAAAGGGGGAGACAGCAUGUAAACAACCAUGUACAAACAGGAUCUGGAUGGGAUUAAUUUGGCUCCAACUCCUAACAAAGUCACAUCUCCUUUCCUGCGAAACAAUGAGGAGCAUGGCUUUGCCUCUUCUCCUUGACUACAGAGGCCUGACUUUGGAACAAACUCUGAUGUCGUGGCUCAUGUGCUGUGCAAAGAGAAUCAUCAGUGGGAGAGAAUGCAGAAGGAAAGAAGAAAUGGGUGUUGGGUGACUGUAAUGGGUCAGUCUGCAAUGGAGAGGCCCCAGUCAGGUUCUGGAUUCUUUGACUGAUGAAUGGGAACCCCUGCCGGCCUCUCUCCAGUUCCUGGACCCAUCUGCAGGGGUCAGUGGUCCCCAAGAUCAUGUCGAUUUUCUUGGACUAUAAAGCAGGCACUACUUCCUUCUAAGAUAUGACUGAAUGGAAUGACAUCUACACUUUCACUGAUAAUCUGCAAGGAGGCCCUGUAGCUGACCUGGCCCUUUUGAUACAGCAGAAAAGACUGCUUCUUCCAACAAUCUGUCUGCAGCAUAUGAGAGAUUCUCAGCCUCAAGUAAUGCUUUAGUCAGAGCUAAUAAAUAUUCUAAGAAUUGGAAAUCCAGGUGCCACUUUUAAAUUCCUCUUUACAGGAUCACAGAAUUAGAGCUGCAGUAGGACUUCAUGAUCAACUAGACCAACCUCCUCAUUUUAUAGAUGAGGAACUAAGGCUCAGCAACAUUCCCAAGGUCACAUGGGCAAUGCGUGGCAGAUGUAGGAUUUGAACCCAAGUCUUCUGACUCUGAAUCUCAUAAUCUUUCCACUGAACCACAUUAUCUCUCUUGACUUGAUUUUUCUCUCCAUUGGACAUCAUUAAAGCUCAAUGGAAUUCCUUUCAGGAAGAGGUAUUGGUACUUUCCCCAUAUUUCCUUCUUCAUUCAUGUGCCCACUAUGUCUGCCCUAAACUGCUCAUAGCUUGUGGUUCAGUAUAGAGCCCUGAGCUUGGAGUCAGGAAGAUCUGAGGCAAGUCACUUAAUCCCUGUUUGUCUCACUUUCUUCAUCUGUAAAAUGGAAACAAUGAGAGUGCCCCCUCCUAGGGUUAUUGUAAAAGUCAAAUGAGACAAUAAUUAUAAAACUCUUAGCACAGUAUCAUGCAUUUGUUAAGAAUAAUAGAAAUGUUAGCUAUGAUGAUGAUGAUGAUGAUGAUGAUGCAUGUAGGUGGCCCAGUGGAUUGAGUGUCAGGCCUAGAGUCCAGGAAGACUCAUCAUCAUGAGUUCAAAUCUGGCCUCAGACAUUUCCUAGUUAUGUGAUCCUGAGCAAGUCACUUAGCUGUAUUUGACUCAGUUUCCUCAUCUAUAAAAUGAGCUGGAGAAACAAAUAACAAACCAUUCCAGCAUCUUUGACAAGAAUACCCCAAAGGGGUCAUGCAGAGUUGGACACAAAUGAAAAUGUCUGAAAGAUAACCAUUUUUUUAUUUUCUUAGUUCAAUUCCAUACGACUAGGAUUCCCAGUCUGUGUACCUUUUGAAUGUUAGUCCAAUUUGACUUAAAUAUAUAUUUUUUAAACCCUUACCUUCCAUCUUGGAGUCAAUACUGUGUACUGGCUCCAAGGCAGAAGAGUGGUAAGGGCUAGGCAAUGGGGGCCAAGUGACUUGCCCAGGGUCACACAGCUGGGAAGUGUCUGAGGCCAGAUUUGAACCGAGGACCUCUGGUCUCUAGGCCUGACUCUCAAUCCAUUGAGCUACCCAGAUGCCCCCUUAAAUAUUUUUAAUACACACCUUAACAAUAUGGAUGAUGGCCUUUAGAUGACAGGCUAAAGGGGGACAUGUUUCCCAAGAUACAGAGCAUACAGAGCAUACAGAAUGGGGAUUAGUGGCCACCACCAGAGGGAACUACUCCCAGUAUAAGGAGUGCCCAUAACACCUGUGUAUGUGCAGACGUUCCUCUCAGGUGGCAGCCAUCUUGUGAGAGCUCAGCUCCAAAUACAUAAAGAGUCCAAAGUUAAAGCAGAACAAUCUGGUAAUGCCUGGUAAAUGGCUCAGCAGUAACUGAAGCCUUGUUGAAUGGGGACUUUGCAGAAGAGGUCAGGGAUUUGUUUCUAAAAGACUACAUUUCCCAUUUCCCAACUGAAUAAAUCAGAGUAACUUCUUCUCAUUGGCUGCUGGUUGGAACUGGCUGCAGGUACAAAAUCACCAGACUGGGACAUUCUAGUUCAUUUUGCAGCUUCAUUCAGAAAGGGUGAAGGUCGAAGUUCAUCCACAGCUGAAUAUCCAUGAUCUGAGAUGGAGAGAGGACCCAUUCCUCUUCUACUCCAUGGUCCCAACAAAUGGACUUGUGCUUCUGUUUUGCUUUGUUUGAUUUUGUUUGCUUGUUUUGGGUUUAAAUGAAUAUUAAUAAACAUCAGAGGGAAGAUUCUCA